AUGGAUGAUGGUUUUAGAGACCCAACCAAACUUAUGAUUAACAGUAAAGAAAUAGAAAAAGUUAAAGCAUUUAGUAGAAUAAAAAGAAGUAUAAAUAAUAUUUUCAAACAAAUAUUUUGCAAUGAUACUGAUGAUUCUUAUAUAUACAAAAUAAAGGGCAUUGAAUCAACCUUUUGGUGCUCGCAAAUUAUUUACACUCGAAUAGUUUUGUUAGCCUGUUUUUUUUCCUUUUUUGUCUCAUGGAAGCAGAACGCAGCUUUGAUAGGAGAAAAUGGACUUACCCCGGCAAAAGAAUUUGUAGAUAAUUUAUUUAAUGAAUUAAAAAAUUAUGAUUUAUGGACAAAGAUUCAGAAAUUUCAUUCCCUUUUCUGGUUUAUUCCAACGACCGAUCUAGCCAUAAAUUUGAUGGCAAUAUUAGGAAUGGUUCUUAGUGCAGGAGCUCUACUAUUUAAUUAUGUUAACGUAAUUAGUGUAUUGGUGAUUUAUAUAUUGCUACAAAGUAUUUAUAGCAUAGGGAAUGUAUGGUUUAAUUAUGUAUUUGAAAUUGAAUUAUUGGAAUUAGUUUUUCUUUGUCUAUUUAUAGUUCCUUUAAAUAAAAACAGUUUGAAAAGCAAAUAUUCAACAACAUUUUUAAUGAAGUAUGUUUGUCGAUUUUUUGUUUUUAAAGUGUUGAUAGGGACUAGUUUAAUUAGAUUUAGAAAUACAGAUUUGUGGGGAAAAUUAGAAGGAAAAUAUUAUUUAUAUGAAACCCAACCAUUACCAACAAUAAUGUCCUAUUUUUUUCAUUCAUACGAGUUUUUAAGCAAAUUCGAUAAUUUAUUUUGUAUAUUAUGUGAAUGUGUAUUUUCAUUUUUUCUUUUAUUUCCAAUUAGAGUAUUUAGAAUAAUAGGAGGGACAUUUAUAUUUUUUUAUUGCAUCCUUAAUUUUAUAAAUCAAAAUUCUUAUCUUUUUUAUUUUUUACUUUUAGCACCAUUGAUGUAUUGCUUUGAUGAUAAAAUAUUAUUCCAUAUUUUUACAAAAUCAAAAAAAAAUAAAAUAAUAAAUGUAAUUAUGGACAAGAUUAAAAAUAAACAUAAAAGUAGACGAUAUUUUAAAAGUUUUGAUAUUUUUUAUUUUAUGGGAAUGACUGAAGAUGAAGUAUAUAAUAUGUACGACUCAUAUUUUAAUAUAGAUUAUAUAAAUAGCCAAAAUGGAUUAAAUACAACUCAUAAAAAUCAUACAGAAAAUUCUGAUGAUGAUAGAGAUGAAAAAGAAAAUGGAGAAUAUGAUUACAAUGAUGAAGAAAAAGCAUUUUUAAAAUAUGGUAGUUCAACAAAAAAUGAAAUACAUUUUUAUAAUAAUAAAAAUAAUAGUUUUUUUCAAAAUUUUAAAAAAGAUAUAUAUAAUAUUUAUAACUGGUUAUUCAAACAAAAGGGUCUAAAUUAUAUAUUAAUAAGUUAUAAUAUUUCUAAAGAUAUUUUUAUUAAUAUUAUAGGUUCUUUAGUUAUUUUUUUAUUUAAUUGUUUAGCUGUAUGCUUGAUAAAAUUAUAUAAUAAUAUUGAUUCAUCAGAAGAUGGAAUUAAUAUGACUAUAUCCAUACUUUUUACAACAUAUUUCAGUCUUUUACUAACCUAUGCAAUAUAUAUAUUUUUAUUUACUAAAAAUUAUAUAGCACAUUUUAUAAGCCAAAUAAGUUUACUAUUAUCAACAAUAUUAAUAUAUUCAUAUAAAAUAUUUCCAGAUGGUUUUACAGAUAAAUAUUAUUCUUGUUUAUUCCUGUUUCAAUUAUUUUGUUUAUUUAUAUUAUCUACUUUAUAUUUAAACAACAAAAGAUUUAUAUAUAAGUACUUGUCACAAUAUUGCUACCUUAUUUUGUUUGCACAUUUUAUUUAUUUAUUUGGGCAAAACAUUUUAUCACCUGAUCAAGUCAUGAAUGAAACAAUAAACAAUUUUGAAUUUAUGAAUAUAUAUGGAUCUUUUGGACAGAUAAAUAAAACAAGACAUGAAAUAAUUAUACAAGGAACAAACUCUCAAGAAAUAGAUAAUAAUACAAUAUGGAAAAAUAUUGAAUUUAAUUGUAAACCUGAUAAUAAUUUAAAAAGUUUAUGUUUUCCUAUUAAACUUAUUUAUGGUUUUAUACCUAUUAUUUAUAUUGAUAGACUUGAUUGGCAUUUUAGCUCUUUGGCAUAUCAAAAUAAUCAAAAUAUUUUAGAACAUAAAUGGUUUGAAAAAUUUUUAAUUAAAUUAUUACAAAAUGAUAAACAAAUUAAUUCAUUACUUUAUAAAAAUCCAUUUCUUUAUAAUGAAGCCAAUAAUUUGGAAACUACUAUUUCUUUACAAGUUUUAGAUGCAGUAUAUAAAUUUUCUCACACAAAUGGACCUGAAUGGUGGACCGUAUCUUCUUCCGAAACUAUACUUGAUUCCGAAGAUAUUUUACCUGACAAAUUAGAUGCAAAAAGGGAAGAAAAAAAUAAACCUACACCUAGCCUAAUAUUCUUUAAUAGUGAAAGUGACGGAAAAAAAUCAGGAAAAGAAAUGAAUUAUAAGCUACGCCAAAAUAACCAAACAAAACUUCAUAACCUGAUAAAAGAAAAUCGUGAUAAUAAAAAAAGUGAAAAUCAAUCAGCCAAAAUGAAGAAAAAUGACAAAAAUAAUAAUCAACCCCUUUCAGAUAGUCAAAUAAAAGAACAAAUAAAAAAAUAUAUAUUAUUACCACAAAUUUCUAAAGAUAAAAAUGUUUAUUUAAAAAAGAGUAAAAGGGUUAAUAAUUUAAAGAAUAUUUCAAAUCAACAUUUGGCUAAUUUGCUAAAAAUACCAACAGCUAGCGAUUUUUACAACCCUAUGAAAAAUAAAAAAUUUUAUGACCAUUCAGGUAAAUUUGGAAUUAAAAAUAAAAAAUACAAAUUUCAUAAAUUAAAUACAAAAAAUAAUUCAAUAGAAAGAAAUCAAAAUGAUCAAACAUUUGGAAUAACAGAUACAUUAAAAAAUACAUUAGACAAUGCUGUUAAUAAUUCUUAUACUAAUUUUGAUUCUUUGAAUAAUUAUUCAGACAAAAUGAAUAGGCUAGGUCUUUUGGAAAAUUACAAUAAUCAAACUAAUUUAAUUUCUAAUUAUAUUCCUCAAGAAAAUGUUAUUAAAACCCUGGCACAAAAUAAUAAAGAUGAUAAUGGAGUUUAUUUAAUCGAAACAAUUUCAGAAAAUAUUGAUGAGGAUGAUACAUAA